AUGGCCGACGAACUCGAGAAGCUCGAGCUCCUGUCCCUCGUCAACUCGAUCACCCAGGAGCUCGUCAACCACACCGGCCUGUCCGACUCGACACUCGCCGAGUUCCUCAUCCACCUCCACGGCGAGAGCAAGGACUUCAAGACGUUCAAGCAGAAGUGCUCGGACGUCGGCGCCGAGUUCCCCGACUCGUUCCUCCAGGCCGUCGACCGCCUCAUCCUGUCGAUGCACCCCAAGUACAAGGUCAAGAAGGCCGCCACCGCCGCCGCCAAGGGCAAGGGCAAGGCCGACGGUGCCGCUGCCGCCGAGGUCGUCAGCGAGGACAAGCAGAAGCAGAUGCGCCUCUUCCCCGGCCUCGCCCUCCCCGACAGCGACUGGAUCCCCUCGUUCACGCCCGACGACCCGGCGACCGUCAAGGAGCGCCAGAUGCGCAUGGGCCAACCCGUCGACGUCAAGGGCGCGAGCGACAACAACCGCCAGCGCGACGAGGACCAGCUCGGCGUCGACGACCUCAUGGCCCAGCUCGAGGGCGUGAGAAAGCGCACCGUCGACGACGACCCGCGCGACGCCAAGCGCACCCGCCACCGCUCGCCCGACUAUGAGCGCCGCGACGACCGCCGAGGCGGGCGCGACGACGGGCGAGGGCGCGACGACGGGUACGGCGGCGGGCGGGACAACGGCUACGGCGACCGUGGGCGGCCCGGCGCAGGCGGCGGCGGGAGCCGGUACGGCGAGGACGACCGUGGGCGGUACGGGCGCGACGGGCGGACGGGCGGUGCGGGCCCGGCGCGGCUCGACGAGAAGCCCGUCCUGUACAAGAUCUACCCGGGCAAGGUCGCCAACGUCAAGGACUUUGGCGCGUUCGUCACGCUCGAGGGCAUCAUGGGCCGCAUCGAGGGCAUGGUCCACGUCGGCCAGAUCUCGAGCGCGCGCGUCACGCACCCGUCCGACCUCAUCUCGCGCGGCCAGUCGGUGUUCGUCAAGGUCAUGUCGAUCACGGGCACCCGCCUGUCGCUGUCGAUGAAGGAUGCCGACCAGCGCACCGGCGCCGACCUGAGCCCGCACCUGCGCGUCAAGACCGAGGAGGAGCUCCUCGAGGAGUCGCGCAAGGCGGCCGAGCGCGCCGCGACCGGCCCCAACGGCGUCGCCGUCCGCAAGUCGUUCGCCGACGACCACCGCACGGCGUCGGUCCGUCGCCUGACGAGCCCCGAACGGUGGGAGAUCAAGCAGCUCAUUGCCUCGGGCGCCGCGAGCGCGUCCGACUACCCGGGCCUCGACGACGACCUCCUCACGCCGAGCGACUUUAGCGGCGGCAAGAAGUCGCUCGCCGACGAGGCCGACGAGGAGCUCGACAUCGAGAUCAACGAGGCCGACGCGCCGUUCCUGUCGGGCCAGAGCAAGCGCGCGCUCGAGCUGUCGCCGGUCAAGAUCGUCAAGGCGCCCGACGGCGGCCUGAACCGCGCCGCCAUGGCCGGUGCCGCCCUCGCCAAGGAGCGUCGCGAGCUCAAGGCGCAGGAGGCGCAGGACGAGGCCGGCGACGACGCGCGCAACGUCAACACGCCCUGGCUCGACCCGAUGGCGCAGCAGCACGAGCGCUCGUUCGCCGCCGACGCCCGUGGCGCCGCCGCCGGUCAGCGCGCCAAGGACAUGCCUGCGUGGAAAAAGGCGACGUUCAACCAGGCGACGACGUUCGGCAAGAUCACGAGCUUGAGCAUCGGCGACCAGCGCAAGAGCCUGCCCAUCUACAAGUUCCGCGAUCAGCUCAUCGAGGCGUUCGCCAACAACCAGGUCCUCGUCGUCGUCGGCGACACCGGCUCGGGCAAGACGACCCAGAUGACGCAGUACCUCGCCGAGGCGGGCUACGCCGACCGGCUCAAGAUUGGCUGCACCCAGCCCCGUCGUGUCGCCGCCAUGUCGGUCGCCAAGCGCGUCGCCGAGGAGGUCGGCUGCCGCCUCGGGACGGACGUCGGGUACACGAUCCGGUUCGAGGACUGCACGAGCCCCGAGACCAAGAUCAAGUACAUGACCGACGGCAUGUUGCAGCGCGAGUGUCUCGUCGACCCGGACAUGAGCCAGUACAGCGUCCUCAUGCUCGACGAGGCGCACGAGCGCACCAUCGCGACCGACGUCCUCUUUGGCCUGCUCAAGAAGUCGCUCAAGCGCCGCCCGGACCUCAAGCUCAUCGUCACGUCGGCCACGCUCGACGCCGAGAAGUUCUCCGAGUACUUCUUCGGCUGCCCGAUCUUUACGAUCCCGGGCCGCACGUUCCCUGUCGAGAUCCUGUACACCAAGGAGCCCGAGCCCGACUACCUCGACGCGGCUCUGAUCACGUUCUUGUCGCGCAUCUCUCGCUCGCCCUCGUACCCCCUCCUCUUGUACCCGGCCCUCUUCCUGACGCACUCGCCUCGCCCCUCGUUCCUCCUCGUCCUCCUGCAGGUCAUUCUCGCCACCAACAUCGCCGAGACGUCGCUCACGAUCGACGGCAUCUACUACGUUAUCGACCCGGGCUUCGUCAAGCAGAACGCCUACGACCCUCGCCUCGGCAUGGACUCGCUCAUCGUCACGCCCAUCUCGCAGGCGCAGGCGCGUCAGCGUUCGGGUCGCGCCGGCAGGACGGGCCCGGGCAAGUGCUACCGCCUGUACACCGAGGCGGCGUACCGCAACGAGAUGAUGCCCAACUCGAUCCCGGACAUCCAGCGCCAGAACCUCGCCCACACGAUCCUCAUGCUCAAGGCCAUGGGCAUCAACGACCUGCUCAACUUCGACUUUAUGGACCCGCCGCCGCAGCAGACGAUGAUCACGGCGCUCGAGAACCUGUACGCGCUGUCGGCGCUCGACGACGAGGGCCUCCUGACGCGUCUCGGCCGCAAGAUGGCCGACCUGCCCGUCGAGCCGCCUCUCGCCAAGAUGCUCAUCGCCAGUGUCGACCUCGAGUGCUCCGAGGAGAUCCUCACGAUCGUCGCCAUGUUGAGCGUCGGCGGCAGCAUCUUCUACCGCCCCAAGGAGAAGCAGUCGCAGGCCGACGCCAAGAAGGCCAAGUUCCACCAGCCCGAGGGCGACCACCUCACGCUCCUCACCGUCUACAACGGGUGGGCCGCGAGCAAGUUCAGCAACCCGUGGUGCUCCGAGAACUACAUCCAGGGUCGCGCCAUGCGUCGCGCGCAAGACGUCCGCAAGCAGCUCCUCGGCAUCAUGGACCGGUACAAGCACGACAUUCUCUCGUGCGGCAAGAACUACAACCGUGUCCGUCGCGCCAUUACGAGCGGCUACUUCCGGCACGCCGCCAAGAAGGACCCGCAGGAGGGCUACAAGACGCUCGUCGAGGGCACGCCCGUCUUCCUUCACCCGUCGUCGUCGCUGUUCAACCGUGCGCCCGAGUGGUGCGUGUACCACGAGCUCGUCCUCACCACGCGCGAGUACAUGCGUGAGGUGACGGCCAUCGAGCCGCGCUGGCUCACCGAGGUCGCGCCGUCGUUCUUCAAGGUCGCCGACCAGAACACGAUCUCGAAGCGCAAGAAGCAGGAAAAAAUCACGCCGCUCUUCGACAGUACGCCGAACACCAGGACGCGUGGCGACUCUCCAAGCUCAAGCGCGCCACUCGCUCGAGCCAGACUUUUUGAUCGGACCUUGUGUAGCUGUACUCGCCGUCUGUCAGAUCAAGUUUGCCUCGUUCCGGCUUCGUGUCGACCU